CGUCGUCAAACGCUUAAUAUACAUUGUCUUACGUGUAACGAAUCUAUCGCGUUGAUGAGACAAACGAAAUUAUCUUAACUGAAAAUAUCGACGGAAGAAUAAUUUUUCGGAAAAACAUCGAGAGAAGUCGUUCGCUUCGUAUAAAGAACCGACGUUAUUGUGUAUACCGGUCAAUUUUAAUAAACGCUGUUUUACGGAAGUUCGUGAUAUUUCCGAAUCAGGGGUAGCGUUGUAGUAGCUAUCUGCACCGAUCGGACCGGCAGGAACGGAACUUCACAGUGAUUUUAUACGGAGAACAUCAGCGGGGGAAUAAAAUUUGAGAAUGGGAAGUAUAGAAUGGAGCAAUUGGCUGCAACGGUGCCGACAAUCUCGCCGGCUCGUUCUCGUCAUCGUUGCCAUCGCAUUGCUGCUGGAUAAUAUGUUGCUAACGACUGUAGUUCCAAUAAUACCGGAAUUUCUUUAUGACAUAAAACAUCCUAAUGCGACAUUAAGCGAACACUUGGAAGAAAGCAACACGUUUCGACGAACAACAACCACCAUCUCCAUCACCGCUACGACUGUGCCGUCAAAAACAACAACAUCAAAAUGUAUAUGUCCCCCAAACAUAUCGGAUUCUCAACAAAUAGAGUUUAUACAGGAAACAACCCUUUCUACAGAACCACCGGAAGUUACCACUGUAGCCAAUCUUACAUUGUCGGAAACGAAGGAAAAAGAACAGAGACAUCGGGAAUUACUAGAAGAGACUGUGGCAGUGGGAAUGAUGUUCGCUUCCAAGGCUUUUGUCCAAUUGUUAGCUAACCCUAUAGUCGGGCCCUUGACCCACAAGAUUGGUUAUAGUAUACCUAUGUUCACCGGAUUUAUUAUUAUGUUUCUGUCUACCCUAAUUUUCGCUUUCGGAAGAAGUUACGGCAUACUUUUUCUUGCGCGUGCUCUUCAAGGUAUCGGUUCAUCGUGUUCCAGUGUUUCCGGUAUGGGUAUGUUAGCGGAAAGAUAUCAGGACGACAAAGAGCGCGGUAACGCGAUGGGUAUAGCGCUGGGCGGUUUGGCUCUUGGUGUCCUCAUAGGCCCCCCGUUUGGCGGAGUAAUGUACGAAUUUGUAGGAAAAUCCGCUCCGUUUUUAGUUCUUUCCGCGUUAGCUCUUGGCGAUGGAUUAUUGCAGCUUUUGAUGCUUCAACCUUCGGUCGUGUACACGGAAGCAGAACCGCCAUCGCUUAAGUCUCUCAUUACUGAUCCCUAUAUUGUUUUAGCAGCCGGUGCAAUAACGUUCGCAAAUAUGGGUAUUGCUAUGUUAGAACCGAGUUUGCCGAUAUGGAUGAUGGACACAAUGGGCGCGAGUCGCUGGAAACAAGGUGCCACCUUUUUACCUGCGAGCAUCAGUUACUUGAUCGGAACAAAUCUUUUCGGACCACUUGGCCACAAAAUGGGCAGAUGGUUGGCUUCGCUAAUAGGUCUUGUCGUUAUUGGUAUUUGUCUGAUGUGUAUUCCACUGGCAAGGAGUAUUGAUCAUUUAAUCGUACCAAACGCGGGUUUGGGAUUCGCAAUCGGCAUGGUGGAUAGUUCAAUGAUGCCCGAGUUAGGAUAUUUGGUGGAUAUAAGACAUAGCGCUGUUUACGGAAGCGUUUACGCAAUCGGUGACGUGGCAUUUUGUUUGGGUUUUGCUAUAGGUCCGGCUUUGAGCGGAACUUUGGUCAAUACUAUCGGUUUCGAAUGGAUGCUUUUUGGCAUAGCCAUAUUGAAUUUUAUUUACGCACCUCUCAUGUAUUUCUUAAGAGCACCGCCGACCAAAGAAGAGAAAAAGUCGUUAAUAAUUGGAGAAAAGUCAUCCGUGCGUUACGUCACCUACCAGAAUGAAGAGGAGGACCAAUAAAACUCUAAUUUUCAACGUUAGCUUAUUGUACUGCACAUUUAUCUGCAGUCUUUUUUUUAAUGUUUCUAACACGUGCUAAACCAUUUACUGUUUUAUUUUGUUAAUGCUAUUUAUACUUUCUUGUUUUAUCUAGGACAUAUAAAUUGUAACUAAGAAACACAAAGAGAAUUUUUAGUUUCUUUUCUCUUUGUCUUAUUUUAUUUUACUAUAUAUAUUUUUUCUCUUUAUUGUCUUAUUGUAUCAUUUAUCAUAAUUUGUUGUUCCUUAAUAUAUUACUAAAAUAUAUUCAUAUUUGUUUUAAUAAAUGAUAUAGGAAGUUAUAAACAUCGACAAUAAACGCAACUGUUGACAUGCACUUGAUAAAUAUUUGACAAACUAAUAAUGUGUAAAAUGUAAAAUCGUUUGUAACCAAGUAACAUUUUCCUAACAGAUUGUCGACUUACAUGUUGUCGGUUUAAAAAGAAAACAAAAAGAUCUUACAAAAUAGAUUCAGUGAAAUUGCACAACACCAUACACUCGAUAUAACAAUAUCAAGAGUAAAUAGUCUAUAAAAGAGAAACGAGGACAGAUAUAUCUUGCUAAAUAUAUACAUAUAUUUAAACUUGCUAUAUAUAGAGUUUAAAGAAUCGCGAAAAUAUUCUCUGGAGAAGACUAGCAACAACAGAACAUAUAAAUAUGUUGUGAAAUUAUAUCUCUGUGUAUUCUCUGCAUCAUCGGUACUCAUCGUGAUACAAAAAGAUGAGUAUGCAAAAAGCGCAUUGUGUAUCGUAACUCAAUAGGCGAAUUAUAGUAGCGACUAAAGCCUGAAGUAAUUAAAUUGUGAGAAAGCCAAAAAAAAAAAAAAAUAAAGAAAAAUUUACUUAUAUCUUAGAACGAUAGAGAAAUAUAUUUGUUAGUGUUUUAAGAUAUUGAUAAGAAAAAGCAAGAAUAGAGAGACGCGAUGCAAAAGUUACUCUUAAAUAUAAAUCCACAAGGCUUACAGUUAGAGAUUUAAAACGCAUAUUCUAAGGCUUAUCGCAGAAAAAACCAAAUGCAUGGAAAAAGUAUUGAGAGCACGACUUUAUGAGCAAUGUUAUAAGUUGGAUGUUAAUAAGUAAAUAAAAAAAACAAAAUUGAAAUGAGACGUUAUAUCGAGCAGACGGGAUACGUAUGACGAUUGGGAUCGCGUGGUCGGUAAAUCGUACGGGAAAAAAAUUGUCCAGGACUUUGAGGUGACAAAUUGGCGCAAAAUUCAGCUUCGAAUAAGAAGAACUGCCCGAUGUGGUUUCCUUGAAUGGCUGCAGGGAAACCGGCGUGAUAAAGACGGUCGGGUGUUUUAAAGAGUUCUUCGUACGGAAUUGCGGUCACAUGAUUUGAAAACUAAAUUUAUUCUCGUCGCAAACGAACGACGCGACCGUUCACGCGAGAUGUCCUGGCGCGUGCGACUUACGGAGGAAAAACUCACGUCGAUCCCGUCGUCGUCGCGGAUUGAGAAGAACGAGCGGACGUACCGCAAAACUCUUGUUGCGAAUCCCGACGUUUCUCGACAAAUUCUUCGUGAUUACCUUUUGUUCUCCGCCGUUUACGAAACGCAUGCCGGCAAGAGUGUGUGGAGAAAAUCACGGGAUAUGCAGCAACGAAGAAUGAAAAUAUUAUCUAAAUGCAUAUUAAAAAUGCGGAAAGAAGGAAAAAGUAAGAGAGAAAGAGUGGGUAGAAUAUAAAAUAUAAUAAUAGAAUAGAGACGGGUUGCGUGCGCGUGGAGCGUUCGCGGGAUCUGCGAGUCAUACGAUAAACUCUAUGAGGAUUCGCGGCGGGAAACUCUAGUAGCGUCGAUUUAUUUGAUUCCCGAACGGAGAAAUCGGCCGGCCGAACAGACCCUCUUCUCGAAAAAUAGAAAACGUUCGUAGAAGCAAUAUAGAAAGUAGUGUAGCAACACACACGCGGUAAUGCGUGUGUGUGUGUGUGUGUGUAAUAUCAAAUAAGCGCAUAUGUGCAAAAUCUAUUACGUAUCGCUCUCUAUGUGGUGUAUCUUCGUGUAAAUGUUAUCAUACUUGGGAAAAAAAAAAUUGUCGUGUAUUUAUUAAUUAUCUAUCGAUAUAUAUCUCUCUAAUCGUGUAUUUUGACGUGAGCAGAAUAAUCUUGCUGAGAUCCUAAGCUACUCGAAGAUUUUCGCCUGUAAAGGCAAAUAAGACAUCAGACAUAUGAAAAGAAAUGUGUAGUUGCGCGUCCGCAGAUUAUCUAGAAUCAUUUUACCAUCUCGCUCUCUGAUUGUCAGCGUAUAAUAAUAUUAAAAAAAAAAAAAACCGUUAAGCCGCGUUAUACAAGUAAUAAGAGCGUAUAUAUUUACUGGUAGAAAUCUAAAGUUAUAGUUAAAAAAAAAAAAAAAAACACACACAGUCUACAUUAACGUCGUAUGUCGUUCGAAGUAUUGUUGGUGUCAAAUCUAUUGUUCGCGUAUACAAUUAAAAAAAAUAAAAAAAUAAAAAAAUAAAAAAAAAACAACAGCAGAGGGGGGUCUGUGAAAGCUUCGGAGGGAACGGUAAACAAGGAUAAGGAUCCGACGGUAUCAGAACCUACAGCUUUUCACUGCGGAUUCCGUUACACAAGGUGCGUAAAUAUUUACGUGCCUACUCCCGGUACGAAGCGCGAGUCAAUUCGACUCGCGGAUCCGUUUGUCGGAACGCUCGCCCAGUCGAAACUACAUACAUAUAUAUAUUUAAAGAUGUAUAUGAGAUCCAUAUGCAUACGUAGAAAAGAGAGGAAAGAAAAAAACAUUAUUAACGGAAGUUGUGAGCGAAGAAAAGAAGGAAAAAAUAAAUAUACAUGCGAGCCGAAAUUGUGACGAUUUUUCGAGCCGUGCGCGCAUGAAUUUUUUAAAAUUAGUAUUUUGUUCUUUACAGAGAGUUUAGUGUCACAUUUUAUAUAAAUUAUUACGUAAUACGUAGAGAAGUUUGUUUUACAUAGAUAUGACUAACACGGUUUGUUGUUACCGAUCGUUGUCUCGAAAUGAUAUUUGUAAAACGAAAAUGAUAUUACGAUGGUGUCGCGAAUAUUAAGUAAGUAUAUCGCAUAGACUGUAUUCGCACAGAGUAUUUUACCGAUCUGUCGUUCCUCUAUAUAUCUGUAAAUAUAUAGCGAAAGUAAUUUAAACACGAUGUUGAACAUUUAUCGCCGCUGAGAUACCUUGAAACGAAAUGUUACAUCGCCAUACCCGAUUCCGCCGUAUAGUUUCAGUGUAUUUUUGUAUUUACUUUGAAUUUUGUUCUCCCGCUUAAAUAUGUAUACAUGUAUAUAUAUGUACGUGUGUAUGUGUGCUCGCGUGGUGCGCGAAGAACAGUAUAGUUGAUUUUAACUUAACGAAAUUGAAAACAAUUGUUUCAUUUGCAUACAACGUAAACCAGUAACUUGCAAUGAGUGCACUAUUGCGAAAAGAGCAAAAUUGACGUUGAAACGAUAUUCGAGUAAUAUAUCGAAAAAAACCGUUCAAUCUCUAUGGUAUUCUGUCGUUUGUUUUUUUCCAUAGAUAUAUGUUCGUUAAUCUUUUGCGUUGGAAUUGUGGAUACAUGUUUUUCCGCAUUUUAUGUGUGAUUCGACAAAUUAGUAAUUUAAUCCACAACGAUAACGUGUAUCUGCUACAAUACAGAGAUUAUAUAGCAUAUCAAAUCUUUAUAUAUACAUACAAACGUUCUACCGGAAUAAAUUAGAACUAAUAUCUGUGGUGUAGAGUAACUCUAAGAAUAAAUGUUGUAGACGAGAGGAAAGAGAUAUUAAGUUACAAAACUAUAUAUCGAGCACGAAUAAUACGUAACAACGGAUCCCUGAUUCCAACGGAAGAAAUUAAUUAUGUAACACACACACGUAACAACGAAGUACUCUUUCCGAUAGCGCGAUUUCUCCGUGAUAAAAAAAAAAAAAAAAAAAAAAAAGAUUGUUUCGGAGAAGAUACGCGACAUCGCGCGCGAUUAUUUGUGUAAGCUCUAAAUAAAUAUUAUUCCAGUCUGUGUAUCGAUUCGAUAUCGGCGGCGGCCGAGGCUUUUUACUGUAACGAAUUGCAGAUGCAAUCAACGUGACUGUUUAUUAAUCGAAGUGAGCAAAUUGUGAGAGAAAAAUCUGUAGAAACGUGUCGUCAUUAUAAGCGACACGUGUUCCCGGCAAAUUGAAAAUAACGUAAACGAUACCAGUUUUGCGCGCGCGCGCACACACAGUUUUAAUCGAAAGAGAAAGCGCGAAUUGUAAGUAACCGAAAUCGAGAAAUUAGUCAUGAUGAUCGUCAACGCUCGUGUGCAAAACCAAAGAUCGUGUAAAACGACUGACAAAUGAAAAAAAAAAAAAAAAAGAACAUUGCGAUAGGAUUUUAUUCCAAAAUUUUUGCCAAAUAUUUUCUCAGAAUCAAAAAACUAGAAAAAAACUCACUCUUUCUGUGUUUGUUUAUUCUUGUUCUUUAAUUUCUCACGAUGUGCACGUUAAAAUUAUUUAAUUAACGGAAUAAAAUUCUUUCUAAAGUUCUUUCGAAACCUUUUUGCACAAGAAAUAACACACAUAACAAAUGCGUAUUAUCGGAUCAACAAAAGCUGCAAGUAUCGUCGUGCGUUAUUCGAUUGCCGCAGUACACACACAAUGGUGCUUUCGCGUUGUGAGCGUUGUGUUAAAUAGGAAGAGAGAGAGAGAGAGAGAAAGAGAGAUAGAAAAAAAAAAAGAUGCGAAUCAGCUCAGUAUUUGUUGGCGGCUGCUAUUGUGAACAGACAAUAAGCAAAUGAAACAGUGCAAAACCUUCCCUCGCAUUUUCACAUUACGGUCGUCGUCUCUCGUUACCGCGAGUAACAAUAAUAACGAUCGAAUAAAAUACGAUUCAUUGUUGAAUACAAUAAAAUUAAAAUUUUUCCAUCGCAAUUUUGAAAUCCCCCGAUUACAUUGAAGAACAAACGCAAAAUAUAUAUAUAUUUCUUCGUUCGGAAGGUAUUGGACAACGCUUGUCUAUGUAUUCGUCACAUGUUUACACGCUUUACAGUUUCGGCAGCAGCCGAACUCGCGUUUUAUCUCGCGUAAAAAAUUGCAGUUCGUAUAAGAUAACCUAUUUAAAAAAUCUUGUAUUGUUAUUAUCGUAGAUAUCUAACAAGCUGGUGUAUGGGUCCGACUUGCCUGUGUAAUAAUCAAGAUGAAAAAAAAAAAAAAAAAAAAG